AUGGCACAAUCGUCUUCGAAGAAGCAACGAACACAUCCUCAUUACGAGCUGCUCUACCAUCCAGGCACGCCAGGUCGAGGUGAAUUCAUUCGUCUGGCUUUCGAAGCGGCUGGCGUUGCAUACACAGACCUGGCAAACGAGCAGAGAGAUGGCUACUCCACCGUCAGAGACAUAUGCAUGAACAAAGGCAUCGAAAGUGCUGAUGGUAACCCGCCUGUCUUCUCGCCACCUGCUCUUCGCGUGCCAGGGGCUGAACCAAACAGUAGAGCGUUGGUUAUUGCACAAACGCCGAAUAUCCUCUGGUAUCUUGGUGAAAAGCUCGGUCUGGCUCCAGAGGACGAGGCUGGGAAGUAUUACGUCCAGCAGCUGGCUCUGACUUCGCUGGACCUCAACAAUGAGGUUCACGAUACCCAUCAUCCUAUCGCAGUUGCGAAGUAUUACGAAGAACAGAGGGAUGAGGCUCUGAAGAAAGCAGAGGAUGUUCGUGAGAACCGUUUACCGAAAUUCUUCUCAUACUUCGACCGAGUACGCCAGCACAACGAGAAGGAAAGCAAUGGUCAAGGCAAAUAUCUUGUCGGCUCAUCCUUGACAUAUGCCGACACAACGAUCUGGCAAGUUUUGGACGGCCUCUUCUUCGCUUUCCCGAAGGAGAUGGAGGCUCGCAAGAAGGAAUUCCCGGACUUGUUGGGUAAAUUCUAUGGGAGUGUGAAGGAGGAGAAAGGUUUGAAGGAUUACCUGAGCAGUGAGAGGCGGUUGAAGUAUUCGAUGGGUGUGUUCAGAUAUUAUUCGGAGCUGGAUAGGCAGUGA